GUUAGAACCACACACUCAAGGUUAGAUAUAUAAAAAUGGUCUAUGACUGACUGUAGCCACUGUAUUGUGGUGACUGCAGCCAAGGAAGGGGUUACCAUGCACACAACUUUUUAUGUACACAAGAAACAGACUUAUAACCGAGAACGCGUUGCCCGCAUCCAUGCUACCGACAAGCGUAUCCUUGCCGACCUGCUACCCAAUUUAAUGUUUGGCUUGGUUUCUACGGUAACAUGGUUGCCCCCGUUGCCAGGGGCAACCAGGAGCAAGGCGUUCUGGGUCAGACGUUUCUGCCAAUCACAGACCCGUGACGUCACUUAGAGUUUUGAACGAGCCAGUGGAAUGCCGAAGAGGAGUGUGUCCGGAAGAAAGGCUCUGAAAGGGCUGUCUGCCCCCCGGCGAUGAUGCAAAACAUUAACAUUUUUAAGUAAAUCAUUUUGAAAACUUACCCUUUUCGAUUUCACAUGAGAAGAGCGAUGAAGACGCCGUCCUCCUCGCCGCCGAUACACGUGCACGUGGCGGAGAGCACGCCUGUGCACGUGCACGUGAAGAAAUUCCAGAAGAGCGGCUCCGCCAGGACGCCACAGAAGAGCGUCCAGGAGGCGAAGAUGCGGGCGGAGGCGGGGAAUCUUCGGCCCACCGCGCAAGUGAAGAUGCGCGUGCCCUGGGUCCCUCCCGGCAAGACUUCCACUCGCGACGCCCUGUACAAGUGGGAGGGUCCGACACACCGGCUGGAGAUCACGCCGGUGCCCGAGCCAGAACCCGCCCAAUCAGCUGCGCUGCGAUUAUCUGACCUCUCCACUGAGGAGGGGGAGGUGCUACAGGGUAGGAUCAACCAGUACGAGAGGAAGAUUGACAGCCUGAUGACCGAGGUCAGCUCCCUGAAGAGCGAGGUGAAGCUGCAGAAGAAGGAGCAGCUCUUGGAGCGGCAGUCCGAGCAGCUGAAUGCGUCCCAGCGCCUCAUCGCCGAGCAGGAGGAGGAGCUGGCCGAGGUCGCCAAGGAGCUGGAGGUGACGGAGCGCGAGAACUCCAGGCUCCGCCUCUCCAUGGAGAAGAUGCAGGAGGAGACCGACUACAGCAGGCUGGAGAAGGAGGCCCUGGUGCAGGAGAAGGACGCCCUCUUGAGGAAGCUGCUGGAAGUGGAGGUGGACGGGGCGGCGGCCUCCAGGCAGGUCUCCGCCCUGCGGGAGGCCGUGGGCAGGAUGAGGACUGAGAGGCAGUUAUCAGGGACGGACUCCACACAGCUGUCCCAUCAGAAGGAGCUCCUGCUGCAGAAGUUGGAGACCUUCGAGGAAACGAACCGCGCACUGCGCCAUCUCCUGAAGGAGCAGCACGGGCGCGAGGUCGAGGCGUUGCGGCUGUCGGAGCAGAAGGACGUCAUCCUGAAGAAGCUGGCAGACACAGAGGCAGAGAACACACUGCUGGUGGUGAGGUUGCAGGACAGAGAGAAGGAGCUGAAUCAGCUCACAGUGUUCCUGGAGACUGAAAAGGAGAACGCGAGGACCACAGCAGAGCUGUCCAAAGCGCUGGAGUCCACACGCGCCCACCUGCAGGGCCAGCUGCGCAGCAAAGAGGCCGAGAACAACCGCCUGGCCGUCCAGAUCCGGAAACUGGAGCGCGCGGUGGUGCAGCGGCAGGGCGAGGCGGACCAGCUGCACGCGCAGCUGCGGCAGCUGAGGCAACGGGGCGACGGCGACAAGGAGGCCCUGAAGCAGUCGACACGCGUGCAGAGAGAGCGGGCGGAGCGCAGCGAGGACGCGGCCGGACAGCUGACUGCGCAGCUGCUGCAGAAGGACGCCCACCUGGCCGACGCCCUGGCUACAGCAGAGGCCUUCCAAAACCGCCAUGCUCAGGAAGCACAGGAGAGGAGCCGGCUGGAGGUGGAGGUGACCGUUCUGAACAGCCGGGUGUCUGACCUGACGGAGCAGCUUCGCGGCGUGGAGGAGAAGGCGCAGUCGGAGAGGGAGGGGCUCCUGGACCGGCUCCACGCCCUCACCUCCGAGAGCACCGCCCUCCGACUGGAGAACCAGAGCCUCAAGGCCACUCAGUCAGCAGUAGAGGAGAAGCUGUCUCUGUCUCAGUCUGAGCUGCAGCAGGUGAAGAGCUCAGUCAAACAGUAUGAGAGCCUUCUGGAGAGCUACAAGAGCCAGGUGCAGAAGGCCCGGACGGACGCGGAUGACUACAGGCUGCAGCUGGAGCGGGCGGGGCAGGAGGCGGAGUCCCUGCGGGGGGAGGUGGGGCGGGAGGUGGAGGCGGUGCGGGCGGGGCUGCUGGGCCGGCUGCGGGAGCUGGAGCCGCUGCCGGAAGCGCUGAAGAGGGCGGAGCUGCAGCUGCGGGAGGAGCAGGGCCGCGAGCGCGAGCAGGAGAGGCGGCUCGCCGAGCACAGCAGAGCCCUCGCCGAGCUGCGGCUCAAGGUGGAGCAGCAGGGGGUGCAGCUGGACGCGUCCCGGGGGAAGAAUCUGGCACUGCAGGAGGAGAACAAGCAGCUGCAGCACCAAGUGGAGAGUCUGGAACGGAAGCUGAGCGAGGCGAGCGCGCAGAACAGAGACCUGGUGCUGGUGGUCUCCAAGCGCGAGGACGCCGUCCGCGAGCACCAGCUGCGGCUGGAGGAGAAGUCGCGCGAGUGCAGCGCCCUGGUGCGCCAGCUGGAGGAGGCGCUGGACGACGCGCGGCGCCAGGUGGCGCAGACGCGGGAACGGGCCACCUCUAAGGAGCGCACUGCCCAGUCUAAGGUCCUGGAGCUGGAGACUCAGCUGAGCCGGACCAAAACAGACCUGAACCAGCUGCGCCGGGACAAGGAGGACGCGGAGAGGCGGUUCCAGAGUCGGCUGCAGGACGUGAGAGAUCGGCUGGAGCAGUCGGACAGCACCAACCGCAGCCUGCAGAGCUACGUCCAGUUCCUCAAGGCCUCCUACGCACACGUGUUCGGAGACUCCCCCCUCACCAGCUCCGCCCUGCGAGCCCCCUCCCCAGUCUGACCAGGCUCCGCCCCUCACCAGCUCCACCCCUGCGAGCCCCCUCCCCAGUCUGACCAGGCUCCGCCCCUUCAGCCACCAUCUCUUUCAAAGACAUAUUCAUACCAAACCCUGUAUGGCACUGUUACUCUCCCUCUCUAGCUUGACUUUAUUUAUACUAUGUGCUAUACAGCAGGUUUCCUCAGUCCCUGGCCUAGAGAGCAGGGUGGCUGGUUUUGGUAUUUUCACCUUAGAAAUCAGCAAUAAAUUCAGAUCCAGGAAACCAGGGGAGGUGAGUUAGCUGUGUAAUCGACUGCUUUGGUCUGAUGGACUAAGUAGCGAGUAACAGCGAAACCAGUGAACUCUGCAGCUCCCCAGGGCUGGGUUUGAGGACCCCUGCUGUGCUGUGUUUAGUCCAUCCCAGUUGUACAUGAAGUACUUACAAUUAUACGAGUAUAAAAAUUACGUUUACAGACUUUUGAGAAAGACGUAUAACCUUUUUUUAUCAUGAUUUAAUUUGAAUUCAUUUUAUUUAUUUAUUUAUCGCAGUGUUCUUGAAAGCAAUUUAUAGGGUCUUUUUAAAAAAGAUGUAAAACCUUCCAUGGUAUUAUAAAAGUGUGCUAUUAUGGAAGGAUUUCCAAAGCCCUACAGGGGUCUGUGCUGUGUGGAAGUCCUCCACGGGUGCUAUCUGUUUUGAUACCAUUGACAUAAAUUCAGGUUCACUAUUUAUAUUUGCAGUAUCUAUGGUUUUGCUUUUAAAUAUUCAAGCUUUGACUUAAGUUGUUGAUUUAUGUUUGAAAAAAAAGAAGGAGGUUCAGUACUGUAAUACGAACGCAGUAUCCGCAAAGCUACAUGUCGGAGAUAAUGACUGUCACUGUUUCUGUGCUUCAAUUUAAUUACAUGAGAUUUUUAUUGAGAUAUUCUAGUUACAGUACAUAGAAUUUAUUUAGAAAAAUGAAUUUAAAUGCAAUAAAGUAAGUUUCAAUAAUUAAA